CUUUUUGAGCGGAAGUGACGUCACGCGUUGUGUGUACGACAGUUGCUUUUGACCGAGCGGUGGCGUUAGCUCUUUAGCUUAGCUUGAUGUUCAUACUCGUCUCUGAAUAUUUUCAUCCUCGUCAUGUUGGUUUGUGUAAUUAAAGUGUGCCGGUCCUUCACGGUUAAACUUUAAGAGAGACAAUGAUGGCGUAGAGGCAAGGAAGGAAGGAAGGAAGGAGAGGACCCGUCAAGUCUCCACAGUGAAGGAGAGGAAAAGGUGUCCUUUAAGAUGGCCACAGAACUCCAUGAGACCAUAGUCAUGGCCAAGCAGGAGCGCCACAAAAAUCUCUUUCUCAACUACAGGAAUCUGAACAAUUUCCCUGUCGAGCUGCUCAAAGAUGAAGGCCUGCAGUUUCUGGAGAGGCUGUACAUGAAAAGGAACUUGCUCACUACCUUGCCUGACAACCUUGCACAGAAGUUACCGAAUCUAAUCGAACUGUAUUUGCACUCCAACAACAUAGUGAUUAUUCCGGAAGCCAUUGGAAACCUAGCUCGGCUGCAGUCACUGGACCUGAGCAACAACGCCCUCCAGGUGCUGUGCCCAGAGGUGGGCCGACUGAGGUCACUACGCCACCUGAGGCUGUCCAACAACCAGCUCAAGUGUCUCCCACCAGAGAUCGGAGACCUGCAUGAACUGGAGACUUUGGACGUGUCCAUGAACCAGCUCCUGUCCCUCCCCGACCGGCUGCACCGCUGCCUCUCUCUGCAGAACCUGAGCGCCGACCACAACCUGCUGAGCCACGUCCCCCGCCACCUCUGCUGGCUGCACCGCCUCAACCAGCUCUCCAUGGCGGCCAACCGCCUCACCUUCCUGCCGCUCGAUCUGGGCCGAUCACGGGAACUGCAGUUUGUAUUUGUGGACAACAAUUUGGACCUGACAGGCCUCCCGUCCUACUUGUACAACAAGGUCAUCGGCUGCAGCGGGUGCGGCGUGUUGCCGCAGGUCCAAGCCGGCGAACCGGGCGACUUCCUGGGUGAGGCUCUGAGCCAGGCUCUGGUCGGGCUGCCCGCUGAGGUCAAGGUGGUCGCCUCGGAGGCGGACAGCGUAGUUCCUCUGGAGGAGCUCGCCAUGAGAACGCUACACCGCCUCUACCACCACCACCACCAUCAUCAUCAUCAGCAGCAGCAUCACCACCACCGACAUCACACAGAUGUCAACCUCCUGCCUCCCAUCGCUCUCCCAAAGAGUCUUCUGGACCUGCUGCAGUUUCCUCUGGGUCACUGUCACCGCUGCAGCCAAGCCAUGUUCACCAUCAUUUACCCCAAACUCUUCCCGCUGCGGCACACCGCCCUGGCAGGCGUGCACCGCAGGGCCACCGUCAGUUUCGUAGCCUACUGCUGCUCCAAUCGCUGCCUUCGGACGUUUAACCUACAAGGAUGACAUCACUGCUUCGGUUGGGCUCCUCCCACUCCUGAGCCCCCGCCGACGAGCACGGGGGCGGCGACAGCCUCGACGACAGCGGACCGUGACGGUGUCCCUGCGUGCGUACGAACUCCCGAAGUGAACUUUGCACUCGGCUGUGCUGGUUGAAACGACGAACUGUCUGCGUUGCAGCUCUCGUAGAAGCAGACGUGAAGUAACCUAUCCCGCCCCCGGCCCCCCUGGCCCCCGCCCCCGACUCACCUGAGAGCACUUUAACAUGUUUGUUAUUCCAGCCAGGACUUGAUGUUGAAAGAAUGUAGUUGACAUCUUGGUCGCCGCCACACACACACACACACACACACACACACAAGGAGAUUAAUGCCAGUGAAUUUAACAAAGCCGCAACCAUAAACAAAUGCUUUGUCCGUUUUUAAAUACAAGCUUUUGUUUUACUUACACCCAAAGCCACGUGCGAUGGUGUCACCUUUUGUCUACUCUUGUGUUCCUUGGACAGUAAACACUCGCUGACCUUUCACCCCCGCCCGGUGCGCUUUGGUUGUCUGGAUUUGCAACUUGUUACUGUUUCCAUGGAAACCUCACAUCAGCAACGCAUUACUCAUGACUUUGUACUCGCCCGGUCACAAGUCUUUAGUGGGAAGUGCCCCCCCCCCCCACCAAACCAUCCAGGGUCUUGGAUCGCCCAGCAUGAUGAUGCUAGUUAGACUCAGAGUAUGUUGGCACUUUAGCAUCAUAUGGCUAGCUACGCUACGAUAAGAUAACUUGGCAUCACCGCUCCGUUUCUUAUUUAUUCCCUGUUAUGUUUUUGAGCUGAAUGUAGUCAUGGAAGGUCAUCACAAGAUAAAUACAUAAAUAUAUUGAGAUAAAUCCCAAUAAUUCCCCAAUAUUUCAGUUUUUUAAAUACACAGUCUGAUGUAAUCAUGGUCCAUUUUUGGGUUUCUCCUGUUGAGUACAGAUUACACGUUUGCCCUUUGGUGCAGGUUUUUGUUCCGAGUGUGUGUGUGUGUGUGUGUGUGUGUGUGUGUGUGUUAAUACAUCAUGCAACAGCUGAGUAAUUUCCUGCCUGUGGGUAGUAAGCAAGCAGGCAGGGCCCUGGCUUGGUAGUUGGGGGGGGCGGGGGGUCUGCAAGCUGUGAAAUGUCAAGUCUUCACAGCACAUCAUCAACAUUUAACCUGCUUGUCUUUUCUUUAUUAUUUAUAGUAGCACAUUCACCUUUGAACUUUGGCCCGAUUUCCUUGCCAAAGUGUUGUGUGUCUUGUCUCGGCUUUUUUUGUUUUUGUUUUGUAAUUUAAUUUGAAAGGAGGCGGUGAUGAAAAGGAAGGAGAAGAUGAGCAGUCCGAACGUGUGAAGUGACAAGUGAUGUGAGAAAGCGGCACAGGCGACAGCAGUAGGAAGAGGAUGAUUGACAGGUCUCUGCAUCUCAUCCUUCACACGAACCACGUGACAUAGUCACAGUCGACAUUUACCCCCUCCCACAAACUGCUGGUUUGGAAAAAAAGUAAGUUUUAACAAGUUUCAAUGAAAGAAGAUGGAUUUCGUGGUUUUAAGGUUUUAACUAACCUUAAGGUCGCUAGCUUGACUUUUUUUGCCACAACAUUCCGAAUCUUUAAUUUUAAUUUCUUUAAUUUUAAAAAUGUUAAAUAUCCAUCGAUCAAGUCCAUUCCUGAGCUGCCCAGGUUUUUACUGCGUGUUGUGUGUUGAUGUAAACCGCUACGCUACGUCAGAGGGCGCGGCCAUUUUGUCAUUAACAUCAAGCAUAAAAUAAUGCCGGGCGGAAACUGUGUAACUGGACCAUCAAAAUAAA